UAUAUAUCCUGAUGGAGUGACCCCAGUAGAGGUAUACUGUGAUAUGAAUGGUAUCAAUUGUGAUGGGGAAGGUGGUUGGACUAGAGUAGGAUAUUUUAAUAUGACUCAGUCUGGUGCUACCUGUCCUACUGGACUAACACAAAAGAACUUCACUAACAUUGAUCACCCACUGUGUGGUACAGUAGCUAACAAUAAUAAUUGUGCUUCAACUACUUUCUCAUCUAACGGACUAACAUACAAUGAAGUCUGUGGACAAGUUAGAGGAUAUCAAUUUUUCAGGAUCCUAGCAUUUCAUAGAUAUGCAGGUGACAAAAACAGUAGCAUCAUUGAAAAUUUUACUGUUGACGGUGUAUCCAUUACUCAUGGAAGCAAUCCUCGUAAACAUAUCUGGGCAUAUGUGGGAGGCUUCAGAGAAGAUAGAACUGAUACUCGUGCCUGUCCAUGUAACACUGGGUACAGUGGUGGUUUAGAUCUUAAUGCUACAUUCAUUGGGUCUCAUUAUUAUUGUGAGUCUGGAGCAGAUCCUGUUCAGUCAGUCACUGGUGAUCUCUAUGCUACUGAUCCAUUAUGGGAUGGACAGCAAUGUGAUGAUCGAGAGUCUACCUGCUGUCCAGCUAACUCUAAGAUGCCUUGGUUCUAUCGUUCACUGGAUACACAAACCACUGAUGAUAUUGAGCUGAGACUCUGCAGUAGUGAGACGGAAGCGACUCGACAUACUCCAGUGGAUAUCUUUGAACUAUACAUCAAAUGACAGCUAAUGAAUGUGUCAGUAUUGUUUCAGCAUGUAAAUUAGUUUGAUAUAUUUACAUGUACAUAAUGCAUGUUCACAUACAGAUUA